CAGGCGAUGCAGGAGCACGAGCGUAAACGUGAUCAAACGGAUCAGUGACAACAACGCGACAUAACCUGCAAAAAGGACCGGAGUCAUCGAUUGAUGGGCGGUUUACGGUGCUUUCGACGGUUCCGGUAAAACUUGGCAACAUUCAGUCACCCCCGGGAAACACGACGAGCCAGAGCGCGAUGAAGGAACCCGAGGCAGACCCGAAAAACAUCAUAAAGAGCAGAGAGCUUCUCUACAGAUUGAUGAUCAGUCAGCUGUUCUACGAUGGUCACCAAACGCUAGCCGUGCAGCUAUCCAACAUGAUACAGGCGGAACCGCCGUGCCCACCCUCGGAUCGACUGCUCCAUUUGAUGUUGAUCGGCGCUGCCCACGAGCCGGAUCGUUGCAAGAAGGAAAAUAGCACCAACGUGUCCACGUUUGCGUCGAGCUUCGACAACACUUUAGGUCCCGGACUGGAUCUGGAAUUCGAAACGGAAACUCUGACUCAAGCUCCAGAGCCAGCGCAAUACGAAACGGCAUAUGUCACGUCCCACAAAGGAAACUGCAGAGCUGGAGCUUUCUCGUCGGACGGUCAAUUGAUCGCCACUGGCUCCGUAGAUGCCUCGAUCAAGAUCUUAGAUGUGGACCGAAUGCUGGCCAAAUCUGCGCCGGAAGAAAUCACACCUGGAGAUCAAACUGGUGGCCAUCCGGUUAUAAGAACUUUAUACGAUCACUUGGAGGAAGUGACGUGUUUGGAGUUUCAUCCCAGGGAACCUAUACUUGUGUCCGGCAGUCGCGACUUCUCUGUAAAAUUGUUUGAUUUUAGUAAAGCUAGCGUCAAGAAGGCAUUCAGAACCAUCACGGACGCGGAUCAAAUUCGAUGCCUGUCUUUCCAUCCAACCGGAGAUUUUCUCAUAGUCGGGACUAAUCAUCCGGUAGUCAGAUUGUACGACGUAAACACCGCACAGUGCUUCGUGUGCAGUAUCCCGAGUCAUCAGCAUACGGCCGGGAUAACGAGCAUCAAGUAUUCGCCGGACGCGAAGACUUACGCAUCGGCGGGAAAGGAUGGUAGCAUCAAACUCUGGGACGGCGUGUCGAGUCGGUGUGUCAACACAUUCGCAAAGGCGCACGACGGUUAUGAAGUAUGCUCGGUGAUCUUCACGAGGAAUGGCAAGUAUUUACUGUCCUCAGGGAAAGAUUCCUUGAUAAAGUUAUGGGAAUUAUCUACUAGCAGAUGUCUAAUAGCGUAUACAGGUGCCGGAACUACAGGUAAACAGGAGCACAAGGCACAGGCUAUCUUUAAUCACACCGAGGAUUACGUAAUGUUUCCCGACGAAGCCACCACCUCGUUGUGCGCAUGGAAUUCUCGUAAUGCAUCGCGAAAACAGUUGCUGUCGUUGGGUCACAACGGUCCUGUGAGGAUGAUCGUGCAUUCACCAACCGCUCCUGCAUUUUUGACAUGCAGCGACGAUUUCAGGGCACGAUUCUGGUUCCGAAGAAUGCCAACGCAUUAAAACGACUCGCGACAGUUAAAAGGACACCGAGACCGCGAAACGGUCUUUCUGAUAAUAUCCAUUUUACAGAAUGCGGAGUACGCGUAGAUUAAAAGACAUUUAAGAUCGGAUACAUUGGUAUAAUUACGAGAGGAAGAAAACGAAAAAAAUAGGUAUUACGUAUUUAUACAAAGUUUCUAUUUUAAUUAGAUUCUAAGUGGCGAACUUUGCAUAUUUUAUUUUAUUUGUGUUAGACCACAAAUAUGUAUAAUAUAUGUAUGAUUUUUAGAGUAAUUUCAACCUUUUCAUGUUUUCACAAUGAGUGAACAAGCGCAAAAAAGCUCUUCAUCUUUAUUUCAAAGCACAGUGUACAUAAUUAAAAAAUCCUGAAACGAC